UGCUGGAGAGAGUCACAUGACCACAAAAUGGUGGAGGCUGUCGGCAGUGGAUGAGCUGAGCAUCUCUGUGGCUGCGCACGGAGACAGAGGCAAGAGCAGAACGCUAACACGCACCAGUUAUCUAAAGCCGGGUACAGAAAAGAGAGAGAGAAAGAGGAGCGUGAAUCAGCAGUGAUCCCCCACCUGGUGAUGUGGGGAUGGAGCAGCCUCCUGAACACAAGAUGAGCUCAGAGGGGGCAGAAGGCAGACCAGCCCCUCCCACCUCUCUGCCUCUGCAGGGGGACGGGGGUGGUGUGGUCUCUCAAAGGAAAAAACUCUCAGCCCCUCGUAUCAGCCUCUCGCUGGACCAAAGCGAAGAUGACCUUUUCGACACACCUGAUGACCUGGACAUUAAUGUUGAUGAUUUGGACACACCAGAUGAAGCUGACUUCCUAGACUAUACUGACCAUGAGAUGGAUUGGGAAGAGCCUAAGGCACCCCAAAGAGCAUCAGUGAAGGAGGCGUGUGAACCAAUCCCUACAUGUAGUGCUGAAGAGGAGCGUCAGGAGUCCAAACUCUGGAGGACAGUAAUCAUUGGUGAACAGGAGCACCGAAUCAACAUGAAGUGCAUCGAACCUUACCAAAAAGUCAUCUCCCAUGGAGGCUACUAUGGGAAUGGUGUGAAUGCCAUCAUUGUGUUUGCUGCUUGCUUCCUUCCGGACAGUGAUAGAGAGGACUACCAUGAAAUAAUGGAGAACCUCUUUCUGUAUGUGAUCAGCACAUUGGAGCUGAUGGUGGCAGAGGACUACAUGAUUGUUUACCUGAAUGGAGCCACUCCUCACCGUAGGAUGCCUGGCCUCGGCUGGCUUAAGAAGUGCUACCAGAUGAUUGACAGGAGGCUAAGGAAGAACUUGAAAUCCUUUAUUAUUGUUCACCCUUCCUGGUUUAUCAGAACUGUUCUAGCCAUCACUAGACCCUUUAUCAGUUCUAAGUUCAGUAGCAAGAUUAGAUAUGUGAACAAUUUAGCAGAGCUGGAAGAUCUUAUCCCUAUGGACUAUGUCCAUAUUCCUGAAAGCAUCAUCAAACUUGAUGAGGAGUUACGAGAAGCAGCAGAGAAUUCCAAGAUCAACAGCUUUCUCCAAGGACCCGAGGUGCCACCAGAAGAACCUAUAGCUCAACCCAGUGUAAGCAGUUCUGAAGCCUAGGUAGAAAUGGAGAAAUGCAUGGCCAGUGUGUGUAUAUAACAGAGGUCACGUGGAAUAUUUGAAGCUGGAUUCUACACAUCUGAUGUGUUUCUGCUUUAAUCUCUCCUGGCACUUGGAUCUGUACACCACCAACACAGAGUUCCUAUCACACAUCAGUUCUUUGGAAAUCACUGCUCCUCUCACAGUAUAACUAGUGUAGACCAGUACAACCCUUAAACCACCAUAAACAACAUUUCUCAGCUGGACCAAGGAUUUCACUAAUGUUCUUAUUUGUAUGUUCUGGCAAUACAUUUUCUUCUAGUUCAUUGAGGUAUGCAUGAGAAGCAUUCAAGCAAUAAUGUACAUGUCACUAAAGCACAUAAUGUAUCAUGUACACUUGCAAGUCUUCUUACAAUAAUUAGCUAGAUUGGUAGCAUAAGGACAACACCUCCUUUAGCCUAAGACAACUUCCCACGCUACAUAUAUAUGUUUUAAAGUGCAGGUGUCAUUUUGCCAUGCAUAUUUUAAAAGUCUGACAAAAGACAAGGGGAUUACUAGGGCUGGGACCUCUUAUUGAUGUAUCAAUAAUUCAGCCCCUCCAAGAAAAACAUGCAUUUAUCAUUCCACCCUUUUUUUGAAUUAUCGGUUAUUUUGUUUCCUGUUUUCCGUUGUACAUUUUACAUUAAAAAGCCAAACUAUGAUUUAUUAUGUUUUAGUGGCCUCUUUAAAUACAGAGUAUCAUACAAUGUCAUACCGUGCUUAUAUAAUUUUUACAAAAAAAAGUCAUGUUAUCGAAAAUAUGAAUUUAAGAAUACAAUAAAAAAAAUUCUUUCCAUUUUGUCUGUGUAAGCACUGUGGCCAGCAUUUUAUUAUUUGAAAUCCCAGUCCAGUGAGUUGUCCUGUAUGCUAUGACAUGAAUGUCAUGCUUGUGUGCAGCUAUCCAGGGAAACAUCAUUGUCAGAAACUUUUUUUCUUCUUAAUCAUAUUGUUCUUAAUUAUUUAAGGUUGAGUCAUUGUGAGAAUAUGAAUUUUACACACCGAAACCUUCACCUUAAUUCCAUUAUAGUUUUGUUUUGUUUAUUUUGUUUUGUUUUUAAACACUCACACCACAAGAAGACACAGAAGAAAAAGAAAUCCACCAGCUCAGACAGGACCUGUGCAUGUGUGUGAUGGAGCUCAAGGCUCUGCAUUAAUUUAGAGCUUGGAGCUUUAAAUAAGCAAAUAAACUGCAGUAAAUUAAACAAACAAUUGUGUACACUUUUAAUAAUGUGUUUUUCAUUUAUUAUACUCAGUUCAGUUUAAAAGAUGUUUAAAAAUCAGUCUUUAUAAUUUUUUUUCCCCAAAUUAUUAAUUUGCAUGUGUCCCAGCCCUAGUGGUUGCAAAUACAGGCACUGUCCAUAAAUAACUUGGUCUUAUGUCAUGAGUAAUCUGUUUCUCAAAAUGAGCCAGAAGCAGUGAGUGGGUUUUUUUAAAACCAAGAAAUGUCUAUCUUACUUCAAGUUACAGUGUUUGCCAUGUGUAGUGAUCAAAAUAGUCACACCAGUCAAGUGAUCUGUCAAAUUGGAGAGCAUGCAGCUUCAGGGGUUUGUCAAGUCGGUCAGCGUAGCUCCUGUGUCCACUUUUGAACACCUGUUUGUACAUUUGUGUACCUGUGUGCGUGUGAAUGAAUGUUUUGUAGAUGAGAUUGUAACUGAGUGUGUUUGCGUGGCAGUCUUAUUUGUAUGCCAUUAGGUUUCUCAUAAUGUUCUUAUAGGUGGAGCACAAAAAAAGCUGCAAAGCACAAUGUUCAGAUCCUCUGUACGUGUGCAUAUGUUGCGUGUGCGAGUGCAUGCAUGUCACUGCAUGUCUCCUAGUUGUUAAUACAUAGUCAUUCAGAAUCAAAAAAUAUUGAAUAGAUGGAUAUCUUUGACCCAGAGGCCUUCUCAGAUUGUAUUAAGAUGUUGUAAAAUAAUGCAGAAGACAUCAAUAAAUUUACCUCAAACCUUA